AUGUGGGCUCCAAAAAGGAAUAAAAAUGUCAAUAAGUCAGUGCAUUACAUCGUACUAGUAGUCAAGGACGAAAAAGUGGGGACAGUUUUUGCCGAAGCUGCAGCGGGUCAUGGAAGUAUUCAUUGCGGGUCCUACAUCAGUAGGAAGAUGAAUCAGGACCAGGGAAAUUGGGAUUUUCAGAAUUUCACUUUCCUUCUGGUGGUGGUGUUUAAUUUUUACCUCGAAUGCAAAUCGCUAGCUCAUUCCUUAUAUGAAACCAAAACAGCCAUGGAGGAGUUAAACCAGCUAGUCUCUGGAGUCUUGCUUCUUGCCAUUACUAUAAUGUGGGUGUCUUUUGAUGGGAUUUUUAACUACCAAAGUACUGGUCUUCAUUUCAUCUCAGCAGAUGGUUGUUGAAGAGAUGAACAUAUUGACAACGGUAUUCUUGA